ACUGAUGACGUCUAUUUAUAUGUUUAUCAUGCACGCGUGUUGUGUUGCUAUCAGCUGUCGUGAGCGCAAUGUUACUAAUCACGUCAGUGAAGCACUUUGUAAUAAGUUAGGAAGAAGUUUUCUGACAAAAUGACUAGGCGUUGUGUUGUGUUACUUGAGAGAAAUGAAACAAACAUGUACCUCAGUACUACGGAAUUAUUACUGAAAAUUGUAGACGCAGUACUGCAAGAGCCUUUGAAUCCGAAAGCUAGGACAUAUAAACUAGCUAGUCCAGCUAUUUCAGAGAAACUUCGUGCUACCGUUGGAGCUAUGGAAUGUUUGCGUGAAAUGGGUUUCCAAGAGGUGGUUGACAUUUUGAUUGACCUACUGAGUUCAAACGAAUUGAUUCUGUAGUUAUGGUUAUUCUGGGUACUAAUAAUAUUUCGUAUGUUGAAUGAGGGAAUUGCCACUUAAUAUACAACACUGAUAUGUACAGGCUGCUUAUUGUUUCUUCUCGUGUACCAACGAGCAUAGCCAUGUGGAGUUUGCAUGAUGCACUAGCCACUUAUAAAUAAUGCAGUUUCGUUCUUAUAUUGUAAUUGCCCAGCGAAAUAGGGCAUGGGCGUAAACGUAGUAUGGAUGACAAGUUAGUUCUAACACCAGAAGCGUCACUGGAGAACAUAAGACAGAUACGCUCAGAAAUAGUUAGUAGAAGGCGUAAUUAUGAAACAGUCAAUGCUGUUAACAAUUCCAGUGAAAUGUCUUCAGCAAGUUCUGAAGGAGCUAGUGCUACACGGCAUACCUCAUUUGCACACUUCAAGAGUCAACUUUUGGUUAUUUCUGAGACAGUGCUGGGCCAUGAAAACAAAUUGUUACAGAAGAAGGCCUUGGCGUUAAUUCCACUAACAGAACUAGAGAUAAAAGCAGUAAAACAUAUGCGAUCCUUACAAAAAGCCAUUAAAAAUGGUGCAGAGGACAAUGGAGCAGAUGUGCAGGACAUGCUUUUGUUAGAAUUGAUGGCAUGGUUUAAAGAAUCAUUUUUCUCAUGGGUUGAUUCUCCAAAAUGUUGGUUUUGUCAAGGAGAAACAAAAUUUCGUGGCCACAGUAGUGAUCCUAAAUAUAAUGGAGACCGGGCAGAGGUAUAUAUGUGCACCUUGUGCCGGGAAGUAACACUCUUUGUUCGGUACAAUAAAACUGAAAAACUUCUAGAGACAAGGAAAGGACGUUGUUCAGAAUGGGCAAAUUGUUUUGCUCUGUUGUGCAAAUCACUUGGUUGGGAUGUUCGUGUUGUCUAUGAUGUGACAGACCAUCUUUGGGUGGAGGUGUUCUCUGUAAGUCAACAAAGAUGGAUACAUUGUGAUCCUUGUGAAAAUGCGUAUGAUAAACCUUUAAUGUAUGAAGUAGGUUGGAAGAAAAAUCUUUCAUAUGUGAUUGCAUUUUCUUAUGAUGAUGUACAAGAUGUCACUUGGCGCUAUACUUGCAAUUUCAAUGCAGUAUUAAGGCGCAGAAAUUUGUGCUCUGAGCAGCAGCUCUUAGAUAUUAUGUUUGCUAUAAGAGAAAAAAGACAACGUGGUUUGUCAUUGGCAAGAAAAGAGUACCUCAAGAAGCGAAUGUUAAAAGAACUUGUGGAAUUUCUAACACCUCCAAAGCAGACUGAUGCAGCAUAUGAGGGGCGCACCUCAGGUUCCCUGCUCUGGAGACUUGCAAGGGGAGAGGUUACAGAAAAAGUUACAUAUGUUUGGACUCCAAAUGCUGCAGAAAUUUCAGCACAAAGAUUUCAGUUAAGUUACUCUUGUGAAAAGGACAAAUAUUUUCGAAGUACUAACACUGAGGAGUCCUGCAUUUCUGGAUGGCAGAAUGGUGUGUUUCAAUUUGAUUCAGUCUUUCGAAAAGAAGAAAAAGACUGGAAGAUGUUCUAUUUAUCAAGAACAGAGGGAAGCCCAAAAGGCACCAUUACAUGGAAAUUUGACUUUACAUCCUCUGGCUUAGUUAUAGAAACAGUGAAUCUUGUGUUUGUGAGAAGUGUGUUUGAAAAUGGUGUUAUUAAGUUACUAAUGACAGGGGAUACAAACAACAUGGAAAUACCACCAAAUGAAAGAGCAGUUUCCACAAAGAUUUUAGAUGGUUCCAAGUGUUUGACCCUGAGUGCUGAACUAAGUAGAGGGAGAGGUACAACAGCAUGGCAGCAUGCACAGCUUUUCCGUGAGACAGUUGGCAGCACGACUUAUCCAUUCAACAUUGUUAUCAAGCUAAGGAAAAUGUAAAUAGCAAAACAAUGCUAAAAAAAGUGGAAAUUGAUUUUGUGACAUUGUCUACAAGUGAUACAAACAAAUCGUAUUGGUGAAGUUUAUAGGGGGCCAUCCAUGUGAUCCCCCCUUGCAUGCUGUGUUUGGCAAGUGUUUGCAAUGUGUUGUAUUAAGGAGGGGGCCACAAAUAGGAGGUUAAUAUGAGUUACCAAUGGAAACUUCUCGAGCAGUUGAUGGUCUCUACACUGGGAAAUUGGAGUAGGUGGCACUUGGUGCACAGUUCCUCAUCACUUUUCUACAUUUUACAGAAAUGAAGAGAAUGAUGUAAACAUAUAAAUUACAAGUUUUGUGUGCAUCAUUAUUUUGAGCAUGUAGAUAAGUUGGAAAGUCAUGUUUUUAUUCUCCAUAUGUAAAAUUACAAUGUUAACAAACUGGUGAAACCUAUUUCUGCCAUUCUUACUUCUCUGACAUCAUGAUUAUGUUUACGUUGAAAGAUAUUGCUUUAGUUUCCUAAGAAUAAAAUUGCUUCACCGCUACGUUACAUCAGUAA